AUGACCACAAACAACAAUUCUCAUCUUUCCACCACCUCUACUCCUCUUGAUCCACCACCGGUCACCACCGGAAACAACCACAACAACAAUAGAAAGUCUAAAGGCAAAGGAGGACCGGAUAAUAGUAAAUUUAAGUAUAGAGGUGUUAGACAACGUAGUUGGGGAAAGUGGGUCGCGGAAAUCCGCGAGCCACGUAGACGCAGCCGUCGCUGGCUUGGUACGUUUGCGACGGCUGAAGAUGCGGCUCGAGCUUAUGAUCGAGCCGCAAUGAUUCUUUACGGCUCUAGAGCACAACUCAACCUCCAGAAACCAUAUAAUGGGGAUGGAAGAGGCGGUGCCGGUGGUAGUUCUGCGUCGUUGACAACGACGACGCAGACUCUCCGACCGAUUCUUCCUCGGCCGGCUGCUUUCAGUAUGACAUUUUUGUCUUCUCAAACGAUGUCGUCUAUGGUGCCGAAUUUGGCUAAUUAUACACCCUACCAAUUUUACCCAACCGUACAACAUGGUACGGAUUCAAGUGGUAAUAUAGUACAAUAUGCUUUACAGCUUGUACAACCACAUCAGUACUUACCCUACUUAGAAGAUCCUAUGUUAAAUAUGACAACAAUUCCUACCUCGUACGAUCCGAACUCAAACCCUAACCCUAACCCUAGAAGCAAUAUUUAUGAAAAUUAUCAACCAAUGCAAGAGGAGAUUAAUUCUUUAGUGGGUUCAGUGGGAUCAAGCUUAUCACUUGUGUCCAACUCGCCGCAGAACAUGGUGGUCGGAGAUUCGGUUUCGGAUCCUACGGUGGUUGUUGGCGGUGGUGACCCGUCAUCGCCUUGUCUUUGGUCGUUGACAAAUGAUGAUGAGUAUCCACCACCUAGUAUAUGGGAUUAUGGUGAUCCAUCAUUUGAGUUUUGAAGUUUUUUUUUUUUUUUUUUUUUUUUUUUUUGGUGAAAGUUGAGAUCAUUUGUUCGAGUUUAGACAUUUAUUUUUGUGGUGAGUUGAAGAAACUAAGUUGAUUCAAGUCGAAGAAGUUUGUUUUAAGAUUGUUUUAGUGUGGAAAGUGUUGAUUUGAUAUCAUGGCAAAUAAUAUUUGUGAUGAUUCAAAGUUAGGGUUUGUGACAGAAGAUUUAAUAUACUCGUCUCAUUGUGUUUGAAAAGGGUGUGUCGAUGUUUUAUAGUUCUAUGUACUGAUUUUAGUUUGCUAGA